UCAACCUACAAAGACAACUUAUUUGUGUGUAUCUCCACUGGGUAAGGCUCUACUAUAUUCUUUUCUUCUACAGAAGUAGUCACCGUCUUUCUUUUCCUCUCCUCAAUUACCUCCGAAAAUAUGGCGGAGACUGUCGAACCAACGGCUCAGAAACAACGCAAGUCCGUCGCAUUCAGUGAAGGAACCGUCAUCAUGGAUACGAACGGCGAAGUCACACAGAAACUCGAGAAGCCUGUUGAAGAGCAAGCAGACAAGGCUGUCGAUGAAGUAACCGACCUCUUCAAGGGCCUUGCAAAGAAGAAGAAGACCAAGAAGCCCAAGGACACCGACGCCGGCGACGAUGAAUCCUCCCCCGCCCCCGCCGCGGACGGCGAGUUUGACCCCACAGCGCUGAAGAAAAAGAAGAAGAAGACCAAGAAGGUCGACGCCGGCGACUUCGAAGCUAAGCUCGCCGAGGCCGGUAUUACGGAGAAGGAGGCAGAAGAGAAGAAAGAGGAUGAGGUGCCUGAGGGCGAUCUCGAAGCCGGCACAGGCAUUUGGGCCCACGACGCCACCCAGGCCAUCCCCUACUCGCUGCUCGUCUCACGAUUCUUCUCUCUCAUCCAGAGCCACCACCCCGAUCUUUUGUCGAGUGGAACCAAGUCGUACAAGAUUCCUCCUCCGCAAUGUCUUCGUGAAGGUAACAGGCGUACGAUUUUCGCCAACAUUGCCGAUAUCUGCAAGCGCAUGAAGCGAUCCGACGACCACGUUAUGCAGUUCUUGUUUGCGGAAUUGGGAACAAGUGGUAGUGUGGACGGAAGCAGGCGUCUGGUUAUCAAGGGUCGUUUCCAGCAGAAGCAGAUUGAGAACGUCCUUAGACGAUAUAUCGUCGAAUACGUCACUUGCAAAACUUGCCGCAGUCCCGACACAGAGCUUAACAAGGGUGAGAACCGUCUUUACUUCGUCACUUGUAACUCUUGCGGAUCUCGUCGUUCCGUCGCCGCGAUCAAGACUGGUUUCCGUGGACAAGUCGGUCGCAGAAAGAGACAGGGUUAAAUUUAGUCUCUGGGUUAUUGCGUGGUUUCUGUUGUGGGUGCUAGGAUAUCGUCUGGAGAUAGAGGAAAUAUUGCUUCAUUUUCUUUGUCUCGUCUUUCUUUCUAUGUCUGGAGAAUGGAAGUAUUUUGUUCUCAUUUUGCCUCUUUCUCAUCUUUCUGCCUUCUCUUCCAUUAAAAACACUUGUUGUCUCUUGAUUUCUUUUGAGUGAUUGAUGUCAGGGAUGGGUUGUCCAUGAAAUGAAAUGGGGCCGUGGAGGCAGCAGCAGGCGCGCAACGCCGCGCCUGCGAGAAACGGGUCAUAAGCGAUGAUGACGAUAUUCUUAGCAUGUCAUGAUUUAGAAGGAUAUUGAAUGAUA